GCUACGACGCCCAUGCGCCUCCACGCUCCUGCUUCUCCGUGGACUGCGCCUGCGGCCGCCGCCGCCUCUGCUGCCGCUGCGGCUGCGGCUGCCGCUCCGGCGGCUGCGCCCGCCGUCCCGCCUGCCCCUGCUCCUGCUGCGUCGUUCGCUGUGCCGGCGGCGCCGGUCGCCGCCGCUGGUGCCGCGGCUGCGGCUGCUGCUAUCGCCGCGGUGCCUGUCCCUCCCCCUGCCCCUGCUCCUGCUGCGCCUGCGAUGGCGUUCCCUGCUUUCGCCCUGCCGCUUGCUGCGGCGGCGCCGGUCGCCGCGGCUGUCCCUGCUGCGGCUGGCCUUCCUGUGA